AUGUCGCCCAUUCUGUCCGGACUUCUGCUGCUGCUCGGUGUUCUCAACAUAUGUGGCGCCGACGAAAAAAAGGUGGUCUGCUAUCACGGUAGCUGGUCCGCCUACAGGAAUGGAAACGGACGAUUCGAAAUAGAGUACAUUAAACCAGAACUGUGCACGCACAUGAUCUACAGUUUCGUUGGAAUAACCUCCGCAGGAGAAGUCAGGAUUCUUGACGAAUGGCUGGAUCUUGCGAGCGGCAAAAAUGCAUACAACCGCUUCAACAAACUGAAAUCGUCCAACACUAAAACCCUGGUCGCCAUUGGUGGGUGGAAUGAAGGGUCAGCCACAUACUCUGCCGUUAUGAACAACGCCGCACUGAGACAGAAGUUCGUGCAGAAUGUGGUGAACUUUGUGAAGACGUACGGUUUUGACGGGUUCGACCUGGACUGGGAAUACCCGGCCAACCGUGGUGGCUCCCCGGGCGAUCUGAGAGCGUACGUUGAACUGCUCAAGGAGCUGAGAGCAGAGUUUGACAAACACGGUUUCAUCCUGUCGGCUGCUGUGGGUGUCGGACGCUACCUAAUUGGCAGCGCCUACGACGUGCCUCAACUGUCUAAAUACCUGGACUUCAUCAACCUGAUGACGUACGACCUUCACGGCUCGUGGGACAGUAAGACUGGUCAGAACGCUCCACUGUACGCCAGCUCCGCUGACAAGACGGAGGCUGAGAGGCAGCUGAACGUGGAUUCCAGCGUCCGCUACUGGAUCCAGAACGGUGCAGAUCCUGCGAAGCUUAUUCUGGGCAUGGGCACCUACGGGAGGACUUUCACUCUGGCCAGUACUGCCAACACCGGAGUCGGAGCCCCAGCUACUGGACCCGGGACCAGUGGGCCGUACACCAUGGAGUCCGGCAUGAUGGGCUACAAUGAGAUUUGUGAGAAAAUCAAGGCGGGCGGCUGGAAAGUGACGUGGGACGACGAGCAGAAGGUUCCAUACGCCGUGAGCGGAAACCAGUGGGUCGGUUACGACAACGAGGAGUCCAUCAAGCUGAAGUCGCAGUACGUGCUGGACAUGGGCCUGGGCGGCGGCAUGAUCUGGAGCCUGGAGACGGACGACUUCAAGGGCGUGUGCGGCGCCGGCACCUUCCCCCUGCUCACCACCAUCAACCAGGUGCUCAGGGGGGCGGCCGCCACCUCGUCUGCUGGUUCCAGCACGUCAGGGUCGAGCAGCGGUUCUUCCGGGUCGUCCAGCAGUAGCUCCGCGUCUGGCGGUGCCAGCUCCUCGGGAACUUCGAGCGGCAGCUCGGCAGCCAGCAGCGGCAGUUCUGCGGGGGCGUCGAGUAGCAGCUCGGCCUCCAGUGGUAGCAGCAGCUCCUCAGGGUCUUCUGCGACCAGCGUGAGCAGUGGCAGCAGCUCCUCCGGCGUCUGCAGCUCCGCGGGCUACGCGCGGGACCCCAGCGACUGCGGCGUCUUCUACCUCUGCGUCGCCUCUGGCAGCGGCUACACCGCCCACAGGUUCACCUGCCCCGGGGACCUCGCCUUCGACGUUUCUUCGUCGGCCUGCAACUACAGGAGCCUCGUCGCCUGCUGAAAGCCUCUUCCCGGCUGUCUCGCGCUGUAGAGAACUCCGUGUAGACUAAAUAGUGCCUUGCCCCUUAAAUGACACCUCUU